GCACAGGAGCUAAGAGAGCUAUAACUACUAACUGAAUUAUAAGUAAUUGACAGCUAGCUAUAACUAUCUGAUAACAUCUUUAGACAAUGAACUGAUUCUCUUAACACGAACGUACUCUUUAGUAGGUAGACCACUGCAUGAGUCGAUUCGAUUCGCAAAGAGAAAGAGAGGGAUUAAGGAGCACAACAAUUGUGGACGUGCUUGCUAAAGGGAUUGAGAAAGAAACACUAGUGAGAUCUAGAUAUAGGAAGAAAAUUACAUUAAUAAUUAAUUCGUGUGUUGACAUAUACUUUCUUUUAUGCUUAGUUUACUAAUUGUGUUUUUACUUUUAUUUAUGAUAUUCUAAGAUUCAUUCCAAGUUCUUGAAAUUGGAAAUUUGUAUGUGAAAAUCUUGAGUACAUUUCUGUACAGGGAUAUUUUGAUACACCUAUUAGUUUAUUUAUUUUUAUUUUUUUUAUAAAAUUAAACAGAAAUUUGGUCGUUGAUAAGUGAUACAAGUCGUUUAUUUAUUUAUUUAUUUAUUUUAUUUUUCUCCUUUUAUGUGUCGUGUAAAAUAAAUAAAAACAAAAUAAAAUUUUAAUAAUGUAUUUGGAUGAUAGAAUAAAGAACUGAAAACCCAAUCCAUUUUUAGAGAGAAAACCCAAAGGAGUACCUGAACAGAACAAGGUGACCCAUUUACACAGCUUUAAAACCUCAAUAACUAGGCUCUUCUUUUUAGGAAGAAAAAAGGAGGACAACUUUGAAAAAUAAUCACCUCCACCGAAUAAAAAGAAGAUCUUUUUCAAUGUGAAUCUGACUGUCUUCAUUUAAUGUGUGUGAAGCCAUUGAUUUAGAUGAGUGUCUUUUCUUUUGCUCCACCAUUUUCAUCUCAUGCUGAUCUCUCUGUCCUUCAAAAGCUUAAAAACUUCAUUAACACAAUGUCGUUUUCCUCACCAACUCCAACCCAGUUCUUAAUCAACGCUUUUCUCCUCCUCCAAAGCCAAACACUCUUCUUUCUCACUCUCCAAGCAGAUCACGUGAAUCCCACCACCAAGGGCACGUGCCACGACACGUGCGGUACCGUCCCGGUGAAGUACCCAUUUGGAACCGAAUUCGGAUGUGGACACCCGGAUUUCGCCCGUUACGUCAAAUGCAACGGCGGAACGCUCCAGCUCACCACCGGCGCCGGAAGCUACACCAUUUCCUCCAUUGAUUACCCGAGCAACACCAUAAUUGUGACCGACCCACUCAUGUCCAACUGCACCUCAAUGCAAAACUCCGGCAGCUUCAGCUUGGACCGAGCAAGCCCUUUUACCAUCGCCGACGAGAACAUCUUCGUCCUCCUCGGGUGCUCCACCACCUCGCCCGUCUUCGACCCGGACCAAGAUCUCUGUGAUACCGGGUCGGGGUACCGGGUCUGCAGAGGCAUGUACUCGUGCAAGGGUGUGGCGGGAAUCGGGUUGCCGACGAAUUCUCCGGCAUCCACGUGUUGCGUGUACGAUUCUCCGAUGGGUUUUGGUUCGGGUUACGAACUGGAUCUUCCUAAGUUGCAGUGCUCGUCUUACACGUCGAUAUACGAGUUUGGAGACGAAGGUGACCCGAUGAAAUGGCGGUUUGGGGUAUUGUUGGAGUAUAAUGAUUCAUAUUACAGCAGUGGGUGUAGAGAUUGUGAAGAGAGUCAAGGGUUUUGUGGGUUUUCGGGUUUGGAUCAGUCUUUUGCUUGUAUUUGCCCCAAUGGGAUGAACACUACUGUCAACUGCUUUGGUCGAGGGUAUGCUUGGAGCGGGACAAGGGGCCUAGGAGUUCACAUCAACACAUGUAUUGCAGGUUUUCUGGUGUCUUGGGCUUUACUUUUCAUUGGAAGAGGCAGAUGAGGAAAGAUGGUUCAUCUGUUCAACUUCAGUCAAUAACAUUCUCAAAGAAACUUUUGGAGUGCAAGUAAUGUGGGAAAAAAGUGCUCCCCAUUUCAUAGCUUUCUAAUAUUACUUGUUAGAAGACCUGUGAUUAUAAUAUGGACAUUUUUUUUAGUUUUUUUUUUAUUAUUGUUUUAAGGAUAAAUAUUAUUUUUGAGCUUGUGUUUUGCAAAAGUUACGAAUUGAAUUUUCUAUUUUGCAAAA